AUGUUGUUUCCUCACACAAUCUACUUACAAAACAAUUCAUCUAACCAAAUUCCUCUAUCAUCAACAAUGGCCACUUCAACCAACGUUUUGAGUUCCUUCGUUAACCCUGCUACUAUCGCCACCACCCCAAAAUCGUUUCUAACACCCCCAUCUUCUUUCACGCCUUUCACUUCAUCAAACUCAUCUCUCACAAAGAGCCUCAAGAUGAACGCAGUUCCUAAGAAGUCCUUUACUUGCAAAAGUCAAGUUAGCGACAACGUCAACACCGAAAAUGCUCAAGAAUUGUUUGUGUAUGAACUCAACGAGAGAGACCGUGGCAGCCCUGCUUAUUUGAGAUUAAGCAACAAGAGUGUUAACACUCUUGGUGAUUUAGUUCCCUUCAGCAACAAAUUGUACACUGGUGACCUACAAAAGCGUAUUGGAAUAUCAGCUGGAAUAUGCAUAUUGAUUCAACACAAUGAAGAAAAGAAAGGUGAUAGAUAUGAAGCAAUCUACAGUCUUCACUUUGGAGACUAUGGUCACUUAGCAGUUCAAGGACCAUACCUUACUUAUGAGGACACAUACCUAACUGUGACUGGUGGUUCUGGAAUAUUUGAAGGUGUUAGUGGACAAGUGAAGUUGCAUCAAAUAGUUUUUCCAUUUAAGAUUCUCUACACAUUUUAUUUGAAGGGUAUUAAGCCAUUGCCUCAAGAGUUUCUUGGUCAACAUGUUGCGCCUCAUGUUGGGGUUGAAGCUUCUGCUGCUGCCAAGGCUCUUCAGCCUCAUGCUAUCAUUGCUGGAUUUAAAAAUUACUAGGAACUUGGUUUUUUAUGGGUGAAGAGAUAGAAAAAUUGUAGGGAUUAGUAGUGAUGAGGUGGCCAAAUUAUGUUAAGGCCAAAGAAAACUAAGAUAUUAUGCAAACUCUUAUGAUUAAAGAGCACGUGUAGUGCAAGAGAUUGGUUUUAUUA